AUGUCGUAUCACUACUUUGGCAAUGAGGAUGAAGCUUUACCACAAGAUGUCCAACACUUAAUCGUUGAAGCAUCCGUUCAAGUCAUUCCAGCGGAAUUUAGCUUCUUUCGAUUCCGUCGAUUGACCAGGGUGGAUUUGAGCGAUGGCAUCCAAACGAUUGGAAGCUUGGCCUUUGGUUGGUGCAAUCUUUUGACACGAAUUGUGAUUCCAGCAUCGGUAACGGUGAUCGAAGAAGGCGCCUUUGAAAGCUGCAUAUCCUUGGAAUCUGUGAUACUAGUGGACGGUGACGAUGAUCCAUCAUGCUUGGUCACGAUUGGCGAGCGUGCCUUCAACUGCUGCGAAGCCCUGGAGGAAAUCACGAUCCCUUCCAGUGUAAAAAGAAUCCAGGACUAUGCCUUCCGGAGAUGUAUCUCUUUGGUUCAGGUGUCCUUCCGGGAAGGGUUAAAAGUUAUUGGAUGCGGCUCCUUUCAAGAGUGUACAUCAUUGGAACGAGUGAACCUUCCAGAGACAGUUGAAACGUUGAGAUCCGAGGCCUUUCGAGAGUGCUCUGCAUUAUGGGAAGUCAAUUUAUCUGAAAAGUUGAACGAGAUUAGAAGCCGGACCUUUUAUGGAUGUUCUGCCCUUUCUGUUGUGAACAUGGCCACUAAUAAGAGGCUCGUGACAGGAACGGGCAUUUUCGAGCAAGGAGACCACCAGACUCCACCAUCGAUAUACACCGGAGUCAAGGUCAUUGGAGAAUAUGCGUUUUGUGGCUGUGAGGGAUUGACCUCUAUUGCACUGCCACCGUCAGUGACGAAUGUUGAAAGAGGGGCCUUUCAAGAUUGCUCCAAUUUGGUGUCUGUGGAACUUGCUCAGCACAGCAGCACAAAUGUGAUGAGUAUCGAGUACUUUGCCUUCUAUUGCUGCGUGUCCUUGGUCAACAUUUCUAUGCCGGUCACCACUGCUGAGGUUGCAGGUUUUGGGAGCUGUACCUUGCUAUGUGAAAAAUAUGGCGCUGCCAAUCUUCCGAAUGCGCUGAUGCGUCGAUUCGAUGGAUACCCGAUUCACCGAAAAUGCUAUCAUGCAUCGGCGACAACUGCGGACGAUCUUAUUCGAGAGAUUCAGUCCAACGAAGGACUGGUUUAUGGGGACGACUACAAGCAGGCUUUGGUCGACCCGUUUGGUAUGACUCCCUUUCAUAUGCUGUUGUCAGCUGCCAAUGGUGCGAAUAGGGCCGAUUUGUUGCGCAUCCUUUUAUUUUCAUUCCCACCUCAUGUCCUCGGGUGGAAAGAUAGCUUUGGUAUGCUUGCCGUAGAAUACUGUUGGGAAUAUCAAUGGAAUGAAGAUGCAAGGCGCUUGAUCCGAAUGAUACUACGUAGAUGGAUGGUCGGUUCGAUUGCGGGUUGGGGUGGCUUGCAAUCAUGGAAGCCGCACAUGUCAACAUUCAUCGAGCUAUUUCUUGCUGAGAAAGAUGACGAAAUGAGCAACACCCUAUUCAAAUACUUGCAGUUCAAAUUGGCACAGUUGGAGGUAUGGGAAAAAAUCUCACUAUUGGAUUUGAAGUUGUGGAAAACCGAGAUGACGAAGCACUCUGACAAUGAUGACAUGGGAGGGACUAUAACUGAGUACGACAGAGAAACCUGUCGAAUCCAGUGCGGUACUUCGGUUGUACUUCCGAAUGUAUUUGGAUUUCUGUUCAUAGAACCAACUUGGGCUUUUUCAUAA